GCCACUGAGGGGGGAAGUUUUAAAUCCUGAGUGGUCAAUUUUUUCGACGCAUCCCACGUGGGAAUACAUACGUGUGCGCGCAUACACGUAUGCACAUACACGUAUUCAGAUACCCCAGUGGAGAGUUCAUUUUUUCUUCAGCUGUCACGUGUGGCUGAGCGUACUGUGCCCACCUUGCGUAGUGGCAUAAAGCGCGGGGCUGCUCGCCGAGACAGUUGCCAGAGGGGCGCGCGUUUGUAUAAGUGUGUAUAAGUGUGUAUAUGUAUGCAUGUAUAUGUAUAUGCAUAUGUAUGUACAUGUGUGCGCUUCCCUUUUCCGACCGCGCGUGCGCACGCAGCUAAUGUAAGAAUGGUACAUUUUUUUCCCUCCCAAGAGUUCAAGGGGCAGUGAGCAGGCAGAGCCCGCGGAGGGGUGUAAAUGUAUAUAUAUGUAUAUGUGUGUGUAUAUUUAUAAAGAGUUAUAUGCGCCCCCACGCGCGAGGCACUGAGGAAAACGCAACCCAGGUGAACGCGAACCGACCGGUGCUCCGCUACCCCGAGUGACGAACGAACCGCCGCCAACUUAGCAGAAGAUGAACUCCAAAAAGAACCAUUUCAACAAAGUGGGCAGGCAAACGGCGAACCCCAAUUUGGGGAGGAAAAAUAAUUCCUAUAAGGAAAACACCUACGGACAGACGAACGGAGGGAAGGUUUUCAAGUUCAUGAGCGAUUUGAAGUAUAAUGGCUACGGCAAGAACGUGGAGGGAGCGCAUUCCGACAAGAGCUCCCUCACUAGUAGGAAUGGAAAGGCCUACGGAGUGAGUAGCAAAAGGAGAAGCAAACAACGGCAGCAACAGCAUCAGCAGCAGGUGGAAGAGGAGGAAGAGGAGGAUGAUGACGAAGAGGAGGAAGAGGACGAAGAGGACGACGAUGAUGAGGAAGACGAAGAGGACGACGACGAUGAUGAGGACGAAGCGGAUGACGAAGAUGGCGAAGAUGGCGAAGACGACGAUGAUGAUGGCGAAGAUGGCGAAGACGACGAUGACGAUGACGAUGACGAUGACGAAACGAACAGCAGCGAACUGAGCGAUUUCUCCGUGAAAAAAAAAAAAAAAAAAAAAAACGUUCAUAAAAAUGAUAACUUUUACGAAGGGAUAGAAACAUCAAGUACAAAAAAUAAAGUCAAUCUGAAAAAUUAUAACUCCGAUUAUUAUGACAUUUACUCCAACAUAUACUCCUACUAUGACAUUUUUACAGAAGAUAAAAAUGAAAAAAAAAAGUUUAAAUAUUUUAAGGACGUUUUUUCCAAUUUCGAUCCCAAAUAUGAAAAUAAGGAAUAUAACUACGGCGUGGACUUGAGCAAAAAGCUGCAAGAAAAACACAUCCCCAUUAUCCCUCCGAAUAAAAAAGGAAACCAUUUUGAUAAACCCCCUACUAAAGAGGAUAGGGGAAACAGAACUGCCUCCCCCCUCAUUCCCAACCUACCCGCUACAGAAAAUAGUAACUCCAUCAGCGCGGGGGGAAGUGGUAGACUCGGUAGUAACGUCAACACUGCGUUUUUGAGCAACAGUGUUUUCCAAAAUGGGGAUGGCAGAGACGCCCGGGGUGGUAAAGAUAAUCUAGACAAUCGAAAUAACAACGAUAAUAAGGAUAGCACUCACGUCGCCGCUGGGAUGAAUGGCCUGCGCAAUGAGUUCUAUGCCGGAAGUGGCUCCCUGAGGGCGAAGCGGAACAACCUGAAAAAGGGCGCAACUAGCAAGGACCCCCUCCUCAAAGGUAACAAGAAGAAGCUCGUCCCUUUGAAAAAGAAGAAGAAAAAAAAGAGCACCAGCGAAGAGGUCAGCGUGAACGAUAGGGAGAAUUUCAGCGCGCAUGUGGGCGCGAAUCAGGGUACCAACCAGGGUGCGAACCAGAGUGCGAACCAGAGUGCGAACCAGAGUACCAACCCGAUUACCUCCGCUAGCGCCACCGCUAGUGCCGCCGCGAGCGCUUCCCUAAAUGCUGGCCCAAACGUGAUCGAAUUUAAAAAGAGCCCCGGCGAGCCGAAGAACGGCGCGGGGGACAUCUACGGCAACCGCGACUUUUCCAACCUGAGGGGAAGCGCGAACGCCAGCAGGGAAAAGGCGAAGAAGAAGUUCAGCCACCCCGCGGAGGAGGUCGCCAGCAUCGCUAGGAAGGCAAAGGGGAGAGGCAGGCGACCCGGCCUGUUCGACCACCAGGAGAAUAGCGAGCUGAGCAGCGCCACGGCUUACGCGAAGUAUGGGAAGUAUGGGAAGUUCUCAAAGGAACGGGCCAAGGCGCAGCUGGGCGGCGUGAGCGGCGCCCCCCACCGGAAGGGCAGCCUCGGCAACGCGAGCGAUGCGAGCAACCCGAGCAAUGCGAGCAAUCUGAGCAACCCGAGCAACCUGAGCAACUUGAGCAACCCGAGCAACAUCAGCCUGGACAGCUCGUGCUCCAUCGAGCUGGACGACCCCCUGGAGGAAGGCAAAGCACCAGACGUGAAAAAGGAAGGAAGCAUGAAGUUUUUAAAAAACCCAACCAAGAAGAGAAUGCACAAGCUGAAAAAAAUCGUAGAAAUUUUGGAAUACUCCAUCUACAAUGAGGAAAAGAAAGGGUCCAAAUUGGAGGCAAAGCUAUACGACUAUGUACUCCUAACGAGGAACCUCAAACAAGAAAUUGCCAACCUGGAGGAACUCAACAAUAGCAAUAAGAACAAAAUGGCUAGCUAUGAAAAGGACAUAACCAAGCUGAAGGAACAGAACGAAGAAAUGAAGCUGACCCUUUCCACCUUCGAAAAUGAGCUGAGCAGUUUAAUAAAUAAAUUUGACAAAAACUUUGCCAAAGAAUUGAUCGACACGAAGACGCAGAACGAUGUGCUGAAGAAGGAAGUUGAGAGACUCAAAAUGGAGAUUGAGAAAAAAAACCACGAAAUAAAGAAGAUAGAAAAUUGGAAUGACUUGACGAAGAAGCUAAGUGCGGAGAAUGUAGUGAUGCAGGGGGGGGCAGGGGGAGUGCCCUCCUCUGUCCACAUGGCCGGAGUCAACAGUACAAGUGCAGCAAAUGGCCCACUGAGCCAUGUAAACCUAGCCAGUGGAGUUGCCAACUCUAACGGUGCCCCAUCCAGCGGUAGUAGAAUCCCCGCGCUGAGCGACCACAAUGAGCAGGGGGGAGACCUCGGAGGAAACCUCGGAGGAACAACCCCCCUGGAGAAGAACCCCAAAGAAGCAGUCACCACCACGGCGUACGAGUUCCCCUUUUACUACGGCGCCAGUGAGGAAAUCGAACCAUCUGUGGUUGAAGAUUUACUCUUAAAAAUGAAAACAAUCAGAAUUGUGUAUGAGAAAAAUAUUGAAAGGUAUGACGAUGACACCAAGGCGACGAUUUACGGAUGCUACAUCUCAAACUUCAUUUUAGAAAAUAAAGACAUAUGCAACCACAGGAAGGUGUUGAAGCACCUGCAGGAGUACUGCCUAAUCGAGUCGAAGAUGCUGAACGUGCAUUUGUGCCUGCGAAAGGAAAGGUGCGAUAACGUACCUUUGAAGGAGCUCGAGAAGGAAGUCAUUAGGCAGCUGGAAAAUCCAGACUCGGACAAAAACAAAGAGAGGGUGGCCCUCAUCAACUCGAUUAUGUUAACCCUUCUGUUUAAGAAUAUGCACAUUUAUAAUUUGUAUCGCCUAUUUGUUACCUGUCUUAAAUGUGACAACUUUCGGUGGAUACGCUUGAUGAAGAAGUCCCUCUUUUUGAAAUUUUUCGACCUCUGUUUGGUCGACUCGAAUGUGAAGGGGAGCAUCUGCCUCCCCAACGUGAAGGAGGCUCGGCUGAUCCACGUCCCCCCCGCAGAAGCACUGCCCGACCCGCAGGAACGCCUACCCGUGGAGAGCCUCCACCAAGUGCAGUAUCAAAUAAAGCACCCCAUGUUUUACUGCUCCAACGAAACGCUGAAGAGGUUAAUUUCCAGCAUGUUUUUGAACUUCGCCAAGGAUCCUAUCAACCCCCAAAAUUGCGACAACAUAUACCACUACGUAUUGCAGAAGAAAAAUUUUGACCUUCUCAAGCUGCUGAAAUUAUCAGGCAAAAAUUACAACUACAUAUUUAACAAAAAUGGGGAGAACAAAACGCCCCUGGAUUACCUAGACAAUGAGGACAUCAAAAUUGACCUCAUUUCUGGGUACAUCCUGGACAUUGCGGGCAAGGGGGCAGAUAAUUACAAAAACGCAAAGUAUGAGGUGGCCUUCGACCUCUACAGUGAAGCGUUGGAAAAACAAAUAAAACUUUCUGAAUCCGUUCGGAUGGGAAAAUCGAUGAAUGAAAAUAUAGGGAAGCUAUACUACAACAGAGCACGCACGUUAAUGCACCUGAACAAGUGGAUCGACGUAAUUGAAAACUGUAACAACUGCUUGAAGUACAUUCCCAAAUAUAUCAACGCGUUUGACACGCAGAUACACGCGUAUGAAAAUUUGCUGGAGUAUGAAAAUGCUCUGCUGACUUACAAAAAUAUGUGUAUCAAGUGCAACAUCAAACCGGAUGAUAAGGAAGAUAAGUUGAAGUCCCAGAUAAAUGCCACUUCCUUUCAAAUUCUAAAUGUCAACAGGAAUUGCUCCGUCUCAGAAAUUAAACAGGCCUUCUCCAAUUUGUCCAAGAAGUGGCACCCCGACAAACUUGGCAUCAACAGUAGCCCAGAUAUUAAAAAAAGACACAACAAUCAUUUUAAGCGGCUUUUUAAGGCCAAGCAGUUGCUCCUGAACGAUGCCGAAAGGCUCAAGGAGAAGAAGAAGAAAGAGACCAACUAUGUGUAUCCUCAAAUUAUUGAAGAUGUUAGCGGCCACCCAAUGGGUAAUAACAGAACUGGUUCUCACAACAGGCAGAAGGGGAUCACCCCAGGGGAUACCGCAAAUGCGUCAUCUCACCAAAGAGAUUGUAACGUACCCACCGCUGCCAACAACACUCAUGACAGUGGUAGUACCCCCCAUAAGGAUGACCCAGGAGGAGGCAGUGCAGGGGAUGAUGCCCCUAGUAACCCCAACACAGGCACAUUUAACUCAACCACGCAGGGUCCCACUUUUUCCAACGAGGCUAAGAACACCUUCUAUAACACGUACAAAGACGAUAUUGACAAAUUCCAGGAGAAACUAAAAAACUUCAACAAAGGAUUGAACAGCGAAUCGGAUGGCAGCAAAAAUGCCAACCCCUUCCUCAACCUCUUCGAUGGGAAACUCUCCAAUCUAAAUAACGAAAAAGUGGAUGAAAAUUUUUACAAAAAAUUGAAAGAGGAAUAUGAAGGCCUCUCCGAUGAUGAGAUCUCCAAUUUUAAAACAAAAAUUUCCAAUUCGAUUAACAACCUCAUACAGACGGAACUUAACUUGAAGAGAGAGUACCAGGAGCUAUGCAUAAAGGAAAAGACAAAUGUCAUCAUGAAUGCUCGCCUAUGCAUUUUGCAGGAGAUACAGAAGGCGCUCUGUGUGCGGUUAGACAAAGAGAGGAAGCUCAAAGUCGUGGAGAGCAUAAUUAAGGGAAGAACUGAGGAACGAUCGGCUAACUGGGUCAAGGCAAAUGGGGGUGGAGGGACCACCGCAGAGGAGGUCCACCGCGAAGGCGAAAGGGAUGCCCCUCGAAAUGGUAGAAGUGCAGGGUAUACUGCUGAUCCACAAGGGGAUGACGAAAAGGAGAAGGAUUAUCUUCAAAAAAGCUCAUCCAAGUUUGGAAAGGGCGCAUCCGAACCGGAGGUCAAAUGGGAAAACAGCAGAAGGAAAAGCAACACCGAUAAUGGUGGCGGCUUUUUAGAAGACACGGCAUUUUUUCGAGACACGCAAAACAUCAAAGCGAAUAGCGGACUAACCUCAGCGGAGCGAAAGAAGCAACGCCCCGAAGGAAGUGAUGAACCUGGCGGAGGAGGCGAUCAUUCCAUGGGUGAAAGUAACGAUGAUGAGUAUGAUGAUAGCUCCGGUGAGCCACGUGCCGGUAAGCGAAACGGAGACCAACUGGAAGGCGCAAAAAACACGCAGCAGGAAGUGGCGGAAGAUAAAAUGCACGAAGGCGCCGCUAACGAGUUGUUCUACAAUGACGAGAGGGGCUACUUCGAGGACAGCCAAAAAAAUAAAAACACCCCAAGCGGAAGCAGCAACGAUUGUGCAGGGGGGGACACCGCCGAUCAGAGAAGGAGGAAAAAAAAAAGCGCAGAUCUUAAGGAAAACAACAUACAGUGGGAGGAGGACGAAACGGAGAGAGGUGACAGAAAAAAAAACCAGAAAAGCAAAAUGGCCGCAGACAGCAACGACCAUGAGAACUUCAUAUUUUGGGAUGAGAAGGGGAACGCCCACCACGAGGGGAAGGAGAGCACAUGCACAUACGUCUUCGAGCCUGCUGAUAUAUUCCAGGGGAAAAGCGAAGCGAAAGGGGAAGCGAAAAAUCAGGGGAAAAUUAAAGCAAAAAAUGACGGGAAAAAUGACGGCAGUAACUUCUUCGACGGCGUCAGUGCAAACCAGCCGAGUCAGCCCAGCCAACCAUUUAGGCACUCCAACGGACUACCGGGGGAGAGCAGCUCCAUGGGCGAAUAUGAAAAGAGCUUCACUGCUGACAGAUUAGAGGAGAACAAUUUUUUUUUCUUAAGUAAGGGCAACAAGGGGAAGAACAGCCUGAACAAUGCAGGGGGGCCGUUUUACGAUGGGAAUAAUGAGCAGCCAAAUGGGAAUGAACACGACAGUUUUGCCAACAAGGGAGGAGGCGAGGCGGCUCAAGAAGACGGAGAAAACGGAGAAGGAGUAGAAAGAAACGGGGCAAUGGCCAGCAGUCACCAUUUCGCAAAAUCGAUGAGUGAAAGGACCCCCUUUGAUUUCCCCCACGCAGGCAAUUACGAUUACGAGUUGGAAGGUCGCGCCGGUGAUGGGGGUAUCGCGGGUGGGAGUAGCCAUACUGGGGAAGAGCUCACCGAAGGGGGGGGAGCCCCAAGUGCCGUCUCAAAUGUCGCCUGGGGGAACACCGCAAAUGUCAAUUCACACAAAGUGAAUUUCCCAAACGAGCAGGAUGAGUACAACUACCUUAGGGGAAGGAUGAAGGAUAUCAUGGGCACCCCAAGUGGGGCACCUGGAAAUGUGAAGAAGGCCCCCCAGGACGGUAGCAACAGCUGCGAUGGCAACGAACGAAGUGGUGGAGAGGAGGACACCCAGCACGGUCUUGGGGCGGCCGCAAACAACGGCACGUUAAAUAGCGGCAAGCCAAAUAGCGCCUUGCCUGGCAACGCCUCGCAGUAUAACAACCUCCACGUGGACCGCUCCAGCGAUAACCACAGCGACGAUAGCUACCUCAGAAAUGACGCCUACGAAGCGAUUAAUCAGCGGCACGUACACCGCGUAGGCAAAAAGCAGCCCCCCCCCAAAGUAACAGAUUAUAACGAACAGAACCACCACAUAAACGGUGAAGAGAGCGACCCAAUUAACUUCUCCAGCAGCUCGAAGAAGGAGGAACAAUUCGCAGCAAUGCGGUUCCCCGGUAGCAACAGCUACGUGCACAAAGGGGUAGACCAAAAUAUGUUUAACCUACUUAACAUGGACGUCAACUUAGCAGGAAGUAGCUCCUCAGGGAAUUUGAAUUCCACCUACGCAGAGAAAUUUAUGAAGAAAAAUUUAAUGUACUCCAAUGACGCCGUGGACAGAGAGAGGAGGCGAAGUAGCUUCAAACAGCAGGCAGGCACAAAGUAUGCCAGCGACGGGGAAGAAGCAGGAAACGGCGAACAGUUUUACGGGCUCUAUAAUGAUAGCAUUGGGGGCAUUAGCGGUGGAGGCGUUAGCGGCAGGAAGGGAAGCGGUGCCAAUAGCGGGAGCAACGGCAGCAACGGAGGUGGCGCCAAUAACGCAAGUGGCGGCCACCAAGUGAACAACUUCGAGCCCCCGUUUUUUAGCCAAUCCGCGCAGCUCCCCCAUGACCCACCCACAUAUGGAAGAAAAGGUGGGGACCGCAACUCAACCGCACGAAGGGACAGCAACAACGCUGAAUCCUUUGCCAAUUUAAGCAGCGCUCAGUAUGACAACGAAAUCGAAACACAACACCAGACGCCACUUCUCCUGUCGCAACAGGGAUACAAAAAUGCAGAAGGGGGAACCUUUUAUAACAGCCCCAACAGCGAUGCCCACUACGCCAAUGAGCGGUACGAAGAAAAUUAUCAACACGAACAGGGCCACAACAGUUACUAUGCACCUGAUGAGGAAGACACACCAAAUGGCCCAAACAAUGACGACGAUAAGAAUUUCUUCCAAACAGAUAUUAACACAAAUCAAAGUAACACCAAUCAUCUGUACGAGAGUGACAUGAACAAGAGUCCAUUCCCUGAACAGAUAGAUUCCAAACAAGAUAGCUUCCUCUACGAUGACAAUAAUUUUCGCAACAGUAGUUCCAACUUUUAUGGAAAUCACCUGAACAAGUCAUACAAUUAUGAAAAUAUAAAAGUGAGAAAUUCACUCAUGUACAUGAAUGAAAAUGAAGAAAAAAAUAAAAAUGUGAAGAAAAUAUUUUCGAACGAUUUAACUUCCAUUUCGUUGGAUAAAGAAUUUAAUCAGAAGAGUAAAUUCUCUUUCAGUCAGAAAGUGGAGAAACAGAAAGUGAAAAAUGGCAGAGGAAAAGUUCCCGCUGAGGAAAAUAACUUUAUCAAGUUGAAGAAGUCCUCCUUAGAUAAGCUCGGCCCCAAAGUUGAUGCGAGUAAAGCCAGGCCCUUCGCCUCGGCGGCGGGGAUGACGAUGGGUGCGACCGCGGCUCCGUCUGUUACUCCGAUCACUACCUCUGUUGCUACCUCUGUUGCUACCCCGGCCGCUACCCCCGUGGAAGGUUCUCUACCGAAAAAAGUUUUUAAAAAAAACGUGAACGCAGAUGACAAGCACAAGGCUGCCGAUCAGAUGAAACGGGGGAAGGGAAAGGCUAAGGACGGCGGCGUCGCGAACGGCAGCAGGCCAAACAAGUGA